AUGGAUGGUGAGUUGCAUAGCAAUAGGUCAAACCAUUACCGGUCAAAGAGGUCAAACGAAACAUCCAGGACCUGCAGGCAGGAUGUUGAACUAACCAGAGUCAACCGUGGCAAACUCUGGCCAAUUCGCUCCUCCUCGAGAAGAGGUCCGGAAAGAAGAGUAAGUACUAGAAGGGAAGGAGGAACAUGUGCACGCGGUGGAGGAAGCUCAGACGGAAAUCAGGAGCAAAUUGUUUUCAUACUGGUCGCUGGCAGGCAAGCAGGCAGGCAGGCAGGCAGGCAACAGAAGAGUGGAGCAGAUUCUCCAAGGCUGCUGGCAACGAAGAUAUCAGACGUAGGGGGCAGUAGCAGCAACGGAGGAAGAAGGCGCAGAAGAGUCUUCAACCUGCUGUUGCUCGCUGGCAGCAGCAGCACAUGUGGGAGAAAAUGA